UAUGCCGUCGGGACUUUUCUUCUGCUUUCUUAUCCUGAGUUGUACCAACACAUUCACUAGUCUUAAAAAAUGUCAGCUGAUGUCGGAAAGUGUUGUCUCUAAUGACAUAAGUGAAUAUACUAAUCGGAUGUAUUAUUCUGGUGGAUAUUCACCAGACACUAUCGAAUGCGAGAGGUUUACUUCUCCUAAAUCGAAACCAUACUUUCUAGUGAAAGUUAUCUCCACUGACAUGGAAAUGUCUAGUGGUUGUCACGACGAUUUUGCGGCCAUUUAUAACGGCUCCGACACCUCUGGCAAUCUUAUUAAAAAGUGGUGUGGUACUAUGCAGAACUUCUCAUUCGAGGUGAUUGGAUCACCUAAUAUUUUCUUUUAUUUUUCAUCUGACUCAGAUGAAAAUGUUGGAAAAGGAACUAAAUUUGAAAUAAUUGUACCCGAGAGUAGGUAUCAAGAAACGGAGACAUCUUCAGUAAAUUUAUCUAUAGUUCUUGGUGGAAGCGCUAGAGGUUUAGCUUCCGUAAUUGCCUUCGUUUGUAUGAUAUGGUGCCUUUAUAGAUGUAUUUGUCGAUAGAAAAAUGAUUACAAUUUUUCUCAUCUUUCAUAGUUAUAAAUUCUUAUUGACUCACUCACUCUCUCUCUGUAAAUCUUAAAAACAUUUACUCUUUUCAAUAAAUUGAAAAAUAUUUUAAAAAUACUCCAGUUGCAGAGUUUUAAGUUUAAUUGACAUAUUUAACAAAAGGCUACGAGUUUAUUCACUUAAAGUGAUUGGAUUAACUAUCAAAUCCAAUGCCAUUUCCUGAAAAUUAGCAAACAAAUAUCUUAAUCUUGAAUAUGAUAUUUUAUAAUAAAUCCAUUAAAUUAGAACACUGCAAAAAAGAAAAUUUUGAGUUGAGGUCCGAAUGUACCCUUGGCAGGGGGGUGAACGUAUCUGGGUAAAACUGACCAAUUAUUUGGUUUCCAUAAUUUAUUUUUAAUCCAGUGUGUUUGGAAGUAUUCCAAGAGGUCCAAGAACUUAUUUUUUUCAAAAAGUUCUGCCUUUAUACUGUAAAAUGUUGAUUCAAUAAUAUGUGGGUGCCAAAGAGGAGAGCCAUCAAUUUUCUGAAAUC